AUGUAAUUACAAUGGUUAAAAAGUCUCUGUUAGUCGAUAACAACUUAAAAAUUGCAGCAAACUCAGGAAUGUCCCUUUGACACAAUGUAUCUUUUGCAGACUCUGAGAACGGAUUUAGAGAAGUACUGCCCUGUGGAGGGUCUGGAGGACCAGUUUGUGAACAUCCUCCUCAUAGGACAAGUCGGAGCUGGUAAAUCAAGUUUCUUCAACUCGGUCAACUCCGUGUUCCGGGGUCGCGUCACAAGCAAGGCGAGAAGUGGCGGGGCGGAGCACAGUCUCACCACAACGUUUCGCAUGUACAAGAUCAAGUCCAAAGAAACCGGAUACCCAUUAAAAUUCCGCCUGUGUGACACGAGAGGCCUAGAAGAAGGUCAAGGCUUGGAUAUUGUGGAUUUGGUUUCUAUCUUAGAUGGUCAUAUUACAGAUGGGUAUGAG